CAAAGAGAGUCUCCAGUACUGAGUACUCCACUCCUCGUCGUCUACAACUACUCACUUAAAUUCCGUCCAUCUUAAUUAUCUAUCAGUUAUCACAGACUACUUCCCAAUUUCUACACGCACCCACCCCCCAUGACAGCCAAGACGAACGCCACAUCCUCACUACUCGCUCUACGAUGGGGCACCGACGCCGCUGAUGCGGCUUUUACCGGCCUUUCCGGAAUACUCUUCGGCUCCACCACCCUUUCCACCACUGCACUCUUACUCUUGGCAUCUCUCUUCUUCUUACUCCUCCAACUUCGAUCUGAAACCCACAAGAAGUUUAGCCCUGCUGCCGCCCCUCCACUCCCUCCUGGCCCUCUACCCUGGCCAAUCGUCGGCAACCUUCCCGAGUUGUUCAUCAACAAGCCUUCCUUUAGAUGGAUAUUAGGUCUUAUGAAGGAAUUGAAUGCAAAUAUCGCUUGCAUUAGGCUGGGUAAUGUUCAUAUAAUCCCCGUUAAUUGCCCUGAGAUUGCUCGAGAGUUCUUGAAGAAACAGGAUGCACUGUUUGCAUCCAGGCCCAUCACCAUGGGAACUCAGUACUCCAGCCGUGGCUUCUUGUCCAUUGCCGUUGCACCCUGGGGCGACCAAUGGAAGAAGAUGAGGAGGGUGGUGGCUUCUGAGGUAAUCACUCCUGCCAGACUCCGCUGGCUCCUCGACAAGAGAGUUGAGGAGGCCGAUAAUCUCAUUCGCUACAUCUUUAACCAAUGCAACUCCUCCAACUCCAAGCUCAACGGUACCAUGGCUGCUCGUGCUGCUGGUGGAGUCGUCGACGUUAGGGUUGCCGUUCGACAAUAUAGCGGGAAUGUCAUUCGGAAGAUGAUGUUCAACAAGAGAUAUUUCGGCCAAGGAAGCCCGGACGGAGGUCCUGGUGCCGAAGAAAUAGAACAUGUCGAUGCUCUCUUCACCGUGCUUUCACUUCUCUAUGCGUUUUGUGUAUCAGACUACAUGCCUUGCCUGAGAUGGUUGGAUUUGAAUGGCCAUGAGAAGAUCAUGAAGAAGGCUAUUCGUAUUGUUAACAAAUACCAUGACCCCAUUAUUGAUGACAGAAUUAAGAAAUGGAGAGGUUGUGGCAAAGAUGUUUUUUCUUCCGCCACCAAGAAAGAACCUCAAGACCUCCUCGAUGUCCUCAUUUCCGCCAAGGACACUGAUGGAAAACCAUUGCUAUCAAGUGAAGAAAUCAAAGCGCAGACUGCGGACUUGAUCUACGCGGCAGUGGACAAUCCAUCAAAUGCAGUGGAAUGGGCGUUGGCGGAGAUGAUCAACCAACCUGAGAUUCUUAGGAAAGCUGUUGAGGAAAUCGAUAGUGUGGUUGGAAACUUGAGACUGGUUCAAGAAUCAGAUUUCCCACGCCUCAAUUACGUCAAGGCAUGUGCUCGGGAAGCCUUCCGUCUUCACCCCAUUGCCCCUUUUAACCUGCCUCACGUGUCUAACGCCGACAGCACGGUUGCCGGUUACUUCAUCCCUAAGGGUAGCCACGUGCUGCUGAGUCGAAUCGGUCUGGGCCGAAACCCUAAAGUUUGGGAUGAACCACUCCGGUUCAAGCCCGAACGCCACUUGCAGUUGGACAAUGGCAGAGCAGAAGCAACAGCAGCAGAGGUGGAAUUGGUUGAACCGGAUCUGCGCUUCAUCUCAUUUAGCACGGGGAGGCGUGGAUGCAUGGGUGCGGCGCUCGGGUCAGCCAUGACGGUGAUGCUGUUGGCUAGGCUCCUUCAGGGGUUCAGCUGGCAAGUUCCGCCUGGGCUGUCCCAAAUCGACCUCUCUGAAUCCACAAAUGAUCUUUUCCUGGCUAAACCGCUACGCGCGUUUGCUAAGCCCCGUUUGCCCAUGCACCUCUAUACCCAGACCACUAAUAAUUAAUAAAUCACCAUUCAAAUCAAAUUUCUGAAAAAGGAAAUUCAGAAUUUUCAUUAUCAUCUGUUAUCAACGUUUUUUGCUUCUAUAUAAUAUAAUAAUAAUAAUAUUAAUAAUAUUAAUUAAUUAAUUAAUUAAGUUGUGUUGAUGAAUGAGGGAACAGGGUGGUUAAAUUUAAAUUUUUAAUUCUGUUGGAGUUUUCUUUUUAAAUUUGGUUCAGCAGAAAUGUGUAUUUUGUGAUGAUUAUUAUUUCGGAUCAAGUAAUAAUUCAAUAAAAGGAUGGGAAUUCUUUUCUUUU